GCGUUCUCCUUCUCCAUCCAAACCCGAAGAGGCCAAGUGAAGCCCUAGCACCGCCCCCAAACCCGAGCUCUCUCCUCUCCUCUCCUCCGCCGCCGCCCGCCGCCCCGCCGCGCCACAUCCUUCCCGGAGACGGCCUGUGCGGCGAGCCCCGACGCGACCAGGCGGGGGAGAAGCCGGCCGACCGGCCGCCCGGCCGCCGCAGGAGCGAGCUCGGCCCCGGCGAGACGACCCUCCCCCUCGGCGCUCCUCGAGAGCUCGCCCGCCCGCCGAUCUCCAUCCCCGCGGGCAGCGGGCGGUGGCGUGCGGCGGCUCCAUCCUCGCCGGUGAGCACCCAUUGUGAUGUCAUUAUUGAAGGAAAGGGAUGUAUCUGUUGAUGGCUGGGUGUGCUAUUUGAAUGCCUAGUGUAACUGUUCCUAGAAACUAUGGCAUCGGAAGAAUUCAUCAGUCUUGGGGAACCUUGUGAGGCUGAUGCAAAAGAUGAAGAAGAGACCAACCUUCAGACUAUACCCCCCAAUUUGAAUGAAGUCAACCCAUUGGCAUCUGAAGGGGAGUCUGGUCCUGUGGAUAACACCAAGGCUUCGGAUGGGAUCAUAGAUCUUGAAGGACAAGAUCAAGUGGAUGGGGAACCUACUACCAUGGAUAGUACCAAGGUUCCUGAUGUAAUUAUAGAUCUUGAAGAAGGUCAAGUGGAAGACAUGGAUCUUUCAGAUGAUGAUGUAGUUGUAAAACAUCAGUAUUUGGAUGCUUCUAUCCAGUCCAGCACCAGUGUAGCAGAUGUACAGACUCUACAUGGUGUUUCAGUUGAACUAGAUAAGGGUAAUGGGCUUGAGAAUGGCAGUCAUGCAUCGAAAAGUAUCCUUAUCGAUGAAAGCACAAUCAGAGGAGUUAAAAGAGCCCGAGUAGAAUCAACUGAGCCUUCAGUUCGUGUGAUUUACAGCAACUUGACAAGGGAAAGCAAAAGAAAGCUCGUGGAAUUGAUGCAACAAUGGUCUGAGUGGCAAACCAGAAAGCAAAAUACAUUGACGAAAGCUGGGGAAGAAGUUUUAGAAUGUGGCGAAGAGACUUAUUAUCCAGCAUUACAUGUUGGUUCAGAGAAAUCUUGUGCUGUGUCAUUUUGGGUAGAUAGCCAAGCAAAAGAAGGUGUUGUUCUGGAUGAUGAUUCGGUCCCGCUAUAUGAUCGCGAGUUCACAUUGGGCUCAACUCCUUUGGGUGAUCCAUCAAACACUGAAAGCAGAGCAGAUAAAGAUGAUUCUCGCUGUUUCAACUGCGGUUCUUAUAGUCAUGCUCUGAAGGAAUGCCCUAAGCCUCGUGAUAAUGCUGCAAUAAACAAUGCACGCAAGCAACACAAUAUGAAAAGGAACCAAUCUAAUGUUAAUCGUGGACAAAAUCGAUAUUACCAGAAAACGCCAGGCAAAUUUGAUGAUCUGAGACCAGGAAUCCUUGGACCUGAGACAAGGGAAUGCUUGGGGAUCGGGGAAAACGAUCCACCUCCGUGGCUGCACAGAAUGCGUGAACUGGGUUAUCCUCCAGGUUACCUUGAUGUGGUUGACGACGAGGACAAACCUUCUGGUAUCACCAUAUUUGGAGAUGAGGACCCAAAAGAAGAAUACGAGGAGGGAGAACUUCCGGAUCAAGGUGAACCAUCCCCUCCUCGGAAAAAGAAGACGGUGGAAUUCCCUGGAAUAAAUGGCCCCAUUCCAGAAAAUGGUGACCGCUGGCUCUGGGACAGCACUCCGCCUCAGUACUCAGAGCGCUAUCAUUCCUCAGAUUCGAGAGAAGAACGAGAUAGAGGCCCUCCUGGUGCUGAUCGUUAUUCAAGAUAUCACUCCUAUGACUACGGACCAGCAAGCCCCAGUCAUGGAAGGUCUCACCCAGAUAGAGGAUGGAGAAGCUCUUCAGGAUAUGAAAAUUUGCCAGCCGAUGAUGGUGCCUGGACACCGCAUGCUUACUCAAGCCGACAGUACUCAAGCCAGUACAGCACGAGCUCAGAGACGUCAUCGCGCCAUUCCAGAGACAGGCAUGAUAGGCACUACCACCACAGGAGGUGAACAAAACAUGUGGCUGAUUUGUACCAUAUCAACUGCUGAAGAAUCUUAUAUCAGCCAGCUGCGGUAUGGCUUCAGAUGAGCUUCCCUGUUCUGUGUAGCCCCUUAUUGGUGAAACUGUAGCAUGCAAAAUUUUUAACUCCAUGCUAAAUCAUGGGAUUUUUUUUUCUGAGACAGAUUUACCACUUCAUUUAUGCAUAUUAACAAAUGUGCAAUGUGUAAAACUAUUAUUUUCAAAAAAAGCUACAAAAGUAAAGGUGGUGACUCGAGUCUAGAGAGACAGAUAGGAAGAUGGUGACUGCUCUCUACAUCUCCUUUACCUUUGGCACAAAAUGCAGGCUGUCAAUAUGAAAGGCACAAAGCAAGCAUGCAUGCUACUUACAUGGCAAAUUCUGUUGAGCCAAAAUCUGCCAACAGUUUGCCUUUUGCUUGAUGUCUGCUCUGCUGCUUUCCUUGGAUCA